AGAGAGAAAGAGAGAGCGAGACCCCAUGACACGCAGUCCCUGGAGACCCAUGGAGUGAGACAGCGGGUAAUCCCAGGGUAAAGGACCACUCCAGCCCUGCGCGGUUGAUAUUAACAGCUGUAGGCUAUAUUCUCCAUGACGGUGAGGUCGAAUGAGUGGGUGAAUGUCUGGACAGAACACAGGAAUUGAUCUCUUGAUUGGGUGGCUGAGCUGCGUUUGGGACUCCGGAGAAACGGGGUCACGUUGAGAAUAGCAGCCAACUCAAUGGAUUUCAUACGCGCAGAAUGAACCGCCAAAAGGGAAAGAUGGGACACGGGCACGCCGGCGACUUUAUUGGGGUUUUGUGGAAUCGACGCAGCGGCACUAUGGAUAAUUUAUUCUAUCUGAGCGGCUCAGAAAGCCUUCGUGUCUUCACAGAGAUUAAGUUAUGUGAGCUGAGUUUACAGUAGAAUGGCCCUCCUCGGAUGGGACUCUGAGGGAAGGCGAUGGCAACUUUUCACCACAGCAACCCAACGGAUAGAGACAUCAGGAGAGUCCUCCAAAAACUUAUAAUCAUUCUAUCUUUGGGAAUCAUCUGUGUCUCUCUCUUCUACUUCUUCACGGGAUGCUGCGAGUCGGACCUAACGGAAAACUCAGUAUCGGACAGACCCGCCAGCGAUGACAGAAACCUGACGUUCUAUAACAACGUUGUAACGGUACAGGAUGAAGAUGGAUACCCAGGGACCGGGGAGGGGAGCACACUGACGCCUGGUUUGGAGACUGAUAACACGGGUAAAGAUUGGAAGGCGACCCGGCGGUUACCCCAAGCCCUUAUUAUAGGAGUGAAGAAGGGUGGCACGAGGGCUUUGCUGGAGUUUCUCAGGCUGCACCCGGACAUCCGCGCGCUGGGCUCUGAGCCGCACUUCUUUGACCGGCAUUACGCACGAGGCUUGCACUGGUACAGGAGUAUGAUGCCCAAGGCCUUGGACGGCCAGGUUGUCAUGGAGAAGACACCGCGUUACUUUGUUACCGUGGAGACCCCGGGGCGUGUACACUCCAUGUCGCGUGACGUGAAGCUGAUUGUGGUGGUCCGAGACCCUGUGACCCGGGCCAUCUCUGACUACACCCAGAUCAUCUCCAAGACCCCCCACAUCCCUGCCUUCGAGACCCUCGCCUUCAAGAACCGCACCAAUGGUGAGAUUGACUCUUUAUGGAGCCCUCUGUGGAUCGGACUGUACGCCCAACACCUGGAGCGCUGGCUGGCCUGGUUCCCCCGGGCCCAGAUCCACCUGGUCAGUGGGGAGGGCCUCAUCUCCGACCCGGCAGGAGAACUAGGAAAGGUCCAGGACUUCCUGGGCCUCCAGAGGAUUGUGACGGACAAGCACUUCUACUUCAAUAAGACUAAAGGUUUCCCCUGCCUGAAGAAGCCAGAGGGAAGCAGCAAGCCCCACUGCCUGGGGAAGACUAAAGGCCGAACACACGCCCCCAUCGACCCUGAAGUGAUCCGGAGACUGAGGGAGUUCUACAGGCCGCACAACCAGCGGUUCUAUCAGAUGGCUGGCCAGGACUUUGGAUGGCAAUGAGGACUCAGCAGAGUUAACAAGGUGAAACAUGAAUCCAUAGCAACAAAGACACAGAGGGGUGUUUGUCCGUCGGCUUCAGUUUGCACUCUGUACCUGUUACUGUGACUUGGGGCAAAGAGUAAUGAAAUAACCUCAUACUGUUGACACAGAAGUGGCUCUGUGCUAGGAACUAAAUCCAAUGUUGAUAGACCUCUGGGUAGCGAGGGAAACAAAUAUCAGACAUUCCAUAUUGGUGACAGUGCUGAAAGACCAUCUCUAUGCUAGUUCCCUUUCAGCAUUUAAUAGAUGUUCAACAAAAAAGAAAGUGGCACUUGAAGCUGGAAUCUUUAGUUGCUACAUCCAUUUUUGGAGUUAUAAAUGAAUGAUAUACACCCAUUGAGUCUUGAAGAAUAAAACAUGCCUCAUGAGCUUAGUUCAACUGUCAUGUCCUAUCAGAACCCCAAAUACAAGCUUGUUUUACUCCAACGUUUGUAAACUAUGUAAAUGUAAACAAACACAGCAUAGCCUCAAAACAUGGUUAAAACUAUAAUUUGCGUACAAAGGCAAAACGCAGUAAGUACAUACAUACAUAUUUGAGUUAAGGCUGAAAUCAGGCUUUGUAGUAUCUGUUUGAUACUGUGUCCUGGUUCAAUUAUGUUCCAUUUUAAGAUAAACUAGGAGGGAGAAAUUUGCAGUAACUGCAAAAUCCAAGUCAAAAGCCAGGAAAACAGAAUUGACUGCACUUUGGCUUUGAUCCACUAUAUUUUGACUGCAGUUACCUGCUCUGCCAUACAAAGGCAAAGAGCAGUAACUAUGCAAACAGUGAAACUGAGAAAAAUGGCUUUAAAGUUUAUUUGCUGUCCAGCCAAAUAUGUUGUAGGUAGGCAAGUGAUAAUGCCAGUGAUAAUGCCAGUGAUAAUGCAUGAUCUUGUUACGAAGUCAUUUUUUAAUGCAUUACAACCAUGACCACUGAUUUGUGACCCCGAAGUCAAAUAAAUGACCAUACAAAGUCAAACAGAAAAACAAUGAGUUGGAUAAACAUAUUCAUGUUGUAUAUACCGCACAAAGUCAAAAAUGUUUUUGGAAGUAUCACCAUUCUGCGAGUGGAAAUAGCCCUAACCUUAAUAAGGGUUAUCACAAUAGAAUGUACAAAACAUGCAAGCAUAACUACAUUACACCAUUAAAUACAGUUGGGAUGUAGUUAGAACUCAAUCUCAAACUGUUUCCAUCAAACAGAAAAACAAUGAGUUGGAUAAAGACAUUUAGAUUGUAGAUGCUGCACUUUGCCUUUGCAAGGCUCUGGGAAACAUGUGGAUUUUUAUAAACACAUUAUAACACAUUCUAUGUCGUUUUACAUGACUGAAUCUUUUGUAAAACCGCACAAAGGAUUGAAAUGACAGGCUGCUUUGACACUGAUAAACAGAGAAUCUGAGAUCAAUUCAAACGACCUCGUCUGGAAUACAUCAAUAGCCUAGGUGUGUGGAGACAUACUGUAUUGUACAAUAUCAGGAGGAAAAUGUUUUCCAGUUUCACUGACUCGGCAAAUGAUGUGCAGCUCACUCACCGGUGAUGGCCGAUGCGCUAGUGCCAAAAGCUUCUCUCUCUCUUGUUUUACUGUGGCUAAAGUAUAGGCCUACUCCUGGUGUAGUUUCAUUCCAGUGAAUCUCACUCUAGUUAUGGGAGAGAUUCAAGCGCUCUUCUCUCUCUCACCACAGCAACAGCCAAGCAUUGGUCUGUCGCUAGCGUACAAUGUUGUGCAGACCAUAACCUCAGGCUUUGCCCAACACAAAUCAACUCAGGAUAUCAGACACGUUUCCACAUGACCUUAAUUAGGGGGCAGGAGAAUUACAAAGGAGGCAAGUCAAAUUAACACGGAUGACUUUUUUUGGACAACUAGUCCACUUUGUUUUAGAGUUCUUACAUUGCAAACAGUGAAAAUAGGAUCCGUCUCAAGUGAAUCACUCACUGCUUAUCAUAUUUGGCUGGCUAAUAAAAAACUUUAAAGCCAUUUUUCUCAUCUCCAUCGUUGGCGCAGUUACUGUGUUUUGACUUUGUAGGGCAGCCUACUGUAGCUGUGUCUAAUGAAUUUGAGAGUGGUUACAUUUCUCCAGACCCAUCCCUCAGCUUUUUUUACCUAAACACAGGCUGGGCGACCACUUUGUUAUCGUUUCAAUUAAGGAUUCUAAGUUUAAGCUGUGUUUGAAAACACCUGGCGUUCCCGUCUUAGAUAGUGCUCCUGCUUAGCUCCCGACCCCACUGUGUCCCACCAGGAGUGAAGGACAUGGCGAUGGGAUGUGUAGUCUGCAGUGUAGGCCAGAUGUGUGCUGUAGAGUAAGUAGUAACAACGUCCUGUGGAUGCUUCUGCAAAGUAGUGAAACAUUAAACAAAACAAAACGGAUGUCUUACCCUGCCUCACGGAGUAUUACCCUCCUCUUCCUUUUUUUAAAACACACCUUAGCUACUCAGUACUUAGGUCACCAAUUAAAAGAGUUGUAGGCAAUCAGUACAUAUCGAAUAUCAUCCCCAAGUAUUACGGAAAACAGGAGCAGGAGGAUGAGUCUCUUAUUUAGAAAGCAUUGAGGGGAAGUAUGAGUAGCAUCUUUCUAAGUGCUCAGACUUGACUGAGUGGUUUUGUAUUGUUGAAUAAUGAAUGUGCAUAAGUGGAUCAGGAGGAACUCAAAUGUAUCUGCCCUUUCCAAGUAGAGGUUACCCACAGAAACAGAUCUAGGAUCAGUUUACGCUCCCUAAAUCCUAACCUUAACCGUAAGAGGAGGAAACACUGAACUGACCUUAGAUCAGCAUCUAUGGGCAUCUUCAUCCUAACCGAACAACCAAAAUAUAACCAUGGAUGAAUAUGACAUUUUAAAGGUACACUCAGUGAAAUUAUGUUGUCACAAGCAGCACGGCGGAUUAUGAGAUGAGCAACAUGCAAGACUUCGCUCUCACACAGUUGCACACAGUAUCUGCACAUGUUUAUUUAUUUAUUACAUUUUUUUGUACCUUUAUUUUACUAGGCAAGUCAGUUAAGAAUACAUUCUUAUUUACAAUGAUGACCUACCCAGGCCAAACCA